GGAUACCGAAAGAUUUCGUGUGGCUCGUUUGUCCGCCAAGUAUAAAAGUACCGAUUGUCACGGAUUGUAGCAUUCGUAUUUCGACUCAGAAGCGAUUGAAGUCAUCGCAAAAUCUUCCCCCCACACCACAAUGGCAGCUAAGUUGUUCGUAAUUGCCUGCAUGCUGGCUGCGGCUAAUGCCGGUUACAUCGGAGCUCUGCCUUCCGCUCUGCAGUAUCAGAUCGCGCCAAUAGCGCACGUUCAACCCCAUGCCAUCACGUCGACAUCCGACAAUAUACUACGCAGCCCUGGUAAUUUGGCGCAGGUAGCAACGCAAACCAAGACCAUCGAUACGCCUUUCUCUAGUUCGAGCAAAGCCGACAUUCGCGUGACUAAUCCGGCUAUCACCACCUACGCUCAUCUUGCUCAUCCAGCCCCAUUGACAUACGCCACGGCCGCUGUACCAGCUCUACAAGCUGUGCGCCCAGCUCUCGGAGUCGCUUACUCGCCGGCCGUCGAAGUAUCUCACAUGAGCUACAGCAGCCCGAUCGGAAUCGCCUAUGCCUACUAGACCGGUCACAUUCACAUCAGACGCGAUUUUACAUAAUACAUAUAUAUUUAUUCAAAAAUUCUCGACAUCUGUGACUACUUUUGUACGUGACAAAUUAAUGGCACUACAAUGUAGGUAGUUACGCAAUAAAAAUUAUACCUUACUCUAUAA